CUAGCGCUGAGGGUGAUUACUACUGCCUGAAUCAGUCUUGUUUUCAUGGAAUUAACUUUUGUUGGAACAUCAUCUCGCUUCAACACUUGCUACACGGUGGGAAUAACAGGACUGGAGUGGGAGGUUGAAUGACGAUUUUGUGGUGAGUGGCUAGUCCGUCACGCUGAGCCUGCGUUGCCAUGGACGCCUGUGCCCGUAUCCGAGGAGUUCCUCUCAGGACCAGAGCUUCCAGGAAAGAGGCGGUGCGUGACGGCGGGACUCCGUGUAUGAAGAGCCUUCUGAGCAGCAGAAAGGAGCUGUGCAGCGUGGGAUUGGAGCUGCAGACCAGAGAUACUCCAUGCCUGACUGAGAUCCAUUUUGUGUGUUUGCCUGGUCAUUCUGAAGGGGAGGAUCUAACUCUACAGGCCCUUUCUUCUCUCCCGGGGGACCUGGCGGAGCUGCUGAGGUCUCUCCACGUCACCAGCCUGAGAAACGAAGAGGUGCUGCUACUGAAGGACAGCAGGAGAUCAGCCGACAGGAGGGACUCUUCUACUCAGCAGCAGUGCUGGCUGAAGGCGGUGUGUGUUCUGAGACCCAGCCCCAGCCAGGCCAUUGUUGGUGUGUUGGUGGGCCUUCUGGGGCGUUACGCUGCGGGGGUCCGCUAUGCCCUGGAGCUCCAGGCCCUCCACAAGGGCACGGCUGAGUCCUGCCAGCCCGAGGACGAUAACACCAACCAGUCUGUGUCGUCCAUCGAAGACGACUUUGUCACCGCUCUGGAACACCUGGAGGAAGACGACAACUCCAAUGGCUCUUAUCUCCAUGGAAACCAGCGUGAUGUGGCCUCCCAGACUGUCCCCGCCAACAAGAGAAACAAGGAUCUAUCAGGUUCCAGGAUCAUAAUCAGCUCUGCCCCCAGGAAGUCCUUAACCAAUCGCAGGUCUCCCCCAGAGGUGUCCAUUACCGUACAGCACUCCAGAGGAGCAGAGUCCCAGUGGACCCUCUACAGCCCAAGAGCCCAGCUCCCCUCCCUCACGCGACCUGUCAGCGAAUCAGAGGAAUCGAAUGGCUCAAGCCCUAGUCCAAUCAUCUUUCUAGAUGAGGUUGGCUACCAGAAGAGUCUCAAAGCGACACUGGACAUCCCUCAGAUCCCUGGGGGACCAACGGACAGGGUGGAGGACUCUGACUCUGAGGUCAGCGAGUUCUUCGACAGCUUUGACCAGUUUGAUGAUCUAGAUGAACUGAGCUCAGAGAGCUGUACACUCACUCUGCCUCUAGACCCGACAUCUUGCAUUUCUCCCACCGACCUAGACCAGAAGAAGAAGUACACUGAGGCUGGUACUGGCAAGUCGGGGUCCAAGAAAGUGUCCCGAAGCUGUUCCACUAUGAACCCCCACCGGUUCGACCAGCGCACCCUACCGGCCAAUGUGAAGAAACCCACCCCGCUCAGAAGCCCCCUUCCCCCUGGAUCUCCCUUCGGAUCCCCUGACUCCCCCCGGCCGGCCCGGACCUCUUGUGAGGAGAGUGGAGGUCUUCUCUUCAGCCCUGUCAGCUCUUCAGCCUUCAGCCCUUUGGGAGACGGAGGAGCUCUGGAUUUCUUCUGGAAGACCGAGGGAGAGGUAGGAGAUGUGUCAGAGCUACGGAAACCCCAGGACCUUUGUACCCUCUACAAAACCUACUCAGACUUUGCCAGCAGUUUGUCCAAGGAGAUCCUGGGCUCCGUGUGUGGAUACCAGUCUCCCGUGGACCUCAACGACAACAAGAACCUGAGCUGUGUCUGUCACAAGGAGUUCCAGAACCAGUCUGGGCACGUCAUGAAGCUGUCUGAGAUCCAGGAGACGGUGACUGUCUCCAAGCUGCAGCAGAAGCCCCAGUCUCUGAAGGACGGCAUCCAGAGGUUCGCUACAGACUUGGUAGAGAUGAGUCUGGGCAGCGCUCUGAGAGACCUGCAGAAGGGAAUGUCCUCCUGCACCACCACGCUCUGCCACCUGGCCGCCAGACUCACCUCAUCUGUCUUCCAGAUGGCCUUCCAGGAGAUCGGCAUGCGCCACGCCUACGUCCUGAAGGAACGGGCCGUCAACGGACUGGCUGGGUUCCUGGUGGGAGAGGCGGUGUCAGGGGCUCUGAAAGACUUCCUGAUGGUGAAGAAGCAGAUGUUCAACAGCAAGGUGACGCAGUUUGCCGCUGACCUGGCAGAGGAGCUGGUGUUUGAGGGGAUGAUGGAAGUGUGUCAGUUCUCCCAUCCCUCCACCCCCCUCACCCCCAGCGAUUGGUCCUUCGGGGUGGGGGAGGACGACGAUGAGGAAGUGGUGUCUUCCUAUGCCUCGGACCUCUCAGAGUCUGUCCUCCAGGAGGCCUUCAUAGAACUGUCCCAGGCUGAUGUUGCCUUCAGUACCCAGGCAGCCAUCAGUGUCUCUGUGAACAACAUCUGCUACGUCAGCACUGUCGACACACACACCACCUGCAGUACCGCCGCAGGCCACCAGGCUUUCUACGUUAACCCACCCGAGGAAGGCCCAGGUCCAUCAGGCGAAGAUGGCUGUACGGUGAAGAAGGCGCUGUUCUGUGUGUCUGGAAUGGCCAGCUGUGUACCGGUCCCCCAGGCAGGCCAAGCCAUCUCCCACCUCCACGACUCAGAGGAGCUCUGCCAGUGUAAGACCAGCCUGGCUCAGACCAGCCCCAAGAGGAUCUGCAGCUCAGAGAACAGAGUGGUAACCACAACCUCCUCUGAUGCUACUGCUGCCACACAAACUGACCUGCUGUCAAAGACCCACUUUCAUAACUUCUCUGGCAACAUGGUGGAUAUGAUAGUGAGUGAAGCAUGUGAACUGAUGACUGCCACGAAGAUGAAGAAGAAGGUGGAGGACUGUGCUGACUUCCUUUCUAAGACCAUAGUGGGUCGGGGACCUCCAUCCGGACAGGAGGGUAGUGUCACUGACCAGACCUCCCUCUACUCUCUCCACCCUCCCUUUCAGACCCCAGGAGGAGUGAACUCUGAGUCAGGCUCCAAGACCAGCAGAGCAGUCGCUGAGACCCUGCCUGUGAUGAUGAACACUCUAGAGGUGCCAGGGUUGGAGAUUGGAGGCUGGGUAGGCAGGAAGAUGACCACCUGCGAGGAGAUGGUUCCCAGUCCUGGUCACAAGCCCAACAGGACCCCUGGUACACCCCCCUCGACCCCCCAGCAGCCCAGCGAGGUGUCCCAGGAGAAACAGAUCAAGCAGUUCUCCAAGAAGCUGAAAGAAAAGCUGGCCAAGGAGUUCUCCACCGCCACCCCUCCUCCCACCCCACACUACCAGCCAGGACCCGAGCCCAAAGAAUCCACCUCUGAGACAGACAAGGCUGACUUCAUGCUCAAACUGAUGAGGUCUCUGUCUGAGGAGGCAGAUGGGAACGAGGGGGAGGAGGAGGAAGAAGAAGAGGGUGGAGUAGAAGGGGUUAACUCUGUAACUGAGACAGGAAGCCGUAUGCAGCCAGAGCUCAACUUCUUGGAUGGAGGACACAAGAUGGCCGACAAGGGAGCCCUCCAUUACGCAGAGCGCCUGGCGUGCCACAUCGUCUCCAUGGCGACAGAGAUAGACACCCUGGGAGGAGUGGAGGAUGGAGGUAGAAGGAUGGUGGAGGGCAGGGAGGAGAGGAGAGACAGCAUGGCCCAGUUCUCAGCGCAGACCCUGAACACGCUGUGGAUAUACGCUGGCGAGGUGGCGGGAGAGGUGAUCAGCGACGUGAAGAGGAUAAUGUGGUCAGGACAGUGUCGCCACAGUGCGCUCACACAAGGAAGCCAGGAGCAGUCGGGGGAAUGCCCUCACCACCACCAACCCCAGCCUAGUGAACACAGCAGGGACUGCAGGGUGGGUCAUCUGGCUGAACUGUGGUCCAGUGACCUCCUCUCGUCUGUCCUCCACCCAUCCACCUCUACCCCCAGCUCUGGCCUAUCCUCUGACUACCCCAGCUGUGAGAGUGUGACAGAUGAGUACGCUGGCUACCUCAUCAGGGUGCUAAAGAAAGAGGGAGGCAGCAGGGAGCUGGUCCUGGAUCAGUAUGCCAGCCGUCUGGCCUACCGCUCCAUCAAACUGGGCCUGGCCCAUGCUGCCCGCAACAUGAAGAAGAGACCCUCCAGGCACCACUCCUCCAGGAGGCUCCAGCAGAAUGGCUGCAGGGGACCCAAUGUCGAGCCAUUCGUACCCAGGGACGAAGCAGGGAGAGUGGGAUCUCCUUCCAGAGAUGUUGAUGAUGGGAGCCAGAGGGAGUACAUGGAGCUGGUGAACUUCGCAGAGUCGUUGGCGUGCAACAUCACCUGUGACGUCACACGCAAGCUCUGUGUGCCGUCGGUCCGACUACCCAAGUCCAGGACUGACUCGUGUCUGUAUAAGAAGUCCAAGCUGGAGGACAUGGCAGAGCGCCUGAUCAGGAACUCCUUCUCAUGCCCCCUGCUGUACAAGGAGGGGAAUAGCAGGCAGUACCACAGCACAGGCAGCCUGUACGACGGUGGCUACAGCAGUGGAGUCAUGGAGGUCCUGGAACACUAUGCCAGGAACAUAGUGGACGACACGUUGGAGAUGGGCCUGGCCUCGACAGGAAGCCCAGCCCUGCAGGGUCCAUACAGACACCACUCUGAGAGGCGAGCAGUGGGCUCUGCACUAGGGGAAACAACCUGCCGAUACUGCCAGGUCAGGGAGUGUCUCUUCUGCUCACGGCCCAACAGGCAGCACCUCCUCGGGGGAGGAGCAGGCCAGAGGAGGAGGCUGGAAGGGGAUGUGGGGGUGUGCGGCCUGGAGAUCCCUGAGAUCCACAUCGAUCUGGACCGCAGGGCUGUGUUCGCAGAGGAGAUGGUCACUACGGCGAUGGAGGGGGCCAAGCGCGAGCUGAGCAACACCAGCCUGAACGCCGACAGCGGGAUCGGACACGACGGGUACAGCUUCGCCGAGAGCCUGACCGCCGAGAUCAUGACAUCAGCACUAUCCAACACACGCCAGACCACCAACCUCAGUUUCCCAGGCAGGGAGGCCACAGAGUCCUCUGUGUCCCAGCAGCUCAGUCUGAGUGUGGGAGAUGACAGCUUGGGCAGCUGGUCCCGCCUCAGCUUCGAGGACGAACACCCUGACGAGACCAGCAGCUUCCUGCACCUCAGCGACAGCAAUGGGAACAGCAGUAGUUGGAGCAGCCUGGGGUUAGAGGGAGAGGUGUAUGAAGACCGCCUGUCCUUCUCUCCCUCUGACAGCGAAGGCACUGAGGACAAGGAGCUCGAGACCAAGGAUGAAUCAUGCGGUUCAGUGCGUGUGGGCCAGGCUCCUGCUUACAGGCACCUCCUGGUGGUAAAUUCUGAGCUCAGGGAGAUGACUCCUGACCCACAGCACAUGACCUUUGACCCCCAGCUCAGGAGCAUGCUGCAGUGGGCGGCGGCCUCCAUGGCUGACCUGCCCAUGGUUCAGCUGAGUCCUAGUGGCAGCAGGGAGCUGCAGCAGCUGCCUGCGGUGGUCAAGAGGCUGAAGGAGAGGGAGUGGAAGGUGGGAGAGCUGCUCCAAGCCCUGCUGCGUUACUGUGAGGAGACCCAAACACACACCCCACCCCAGUCUGAACACGGAGAGGCGGGGAGAGCAUCCCACCACACUCCCCUCUUCCAGUGGAUCCUGGAGCACGCUUAGGCUCACUGCACCUCUCCUACCUCCCCUCCCUCCUUACCUCGCCCCAACACUACUUACUGUACAGUAUAUCUGUGAAGCCUGCUACAUAGUGAGCACUACCUGUUAAACUAAUGAACCCUAUGAAGAUUCCCAUCACUUCUCAGUGAUGUGCAGCGUACCUGCCAAACCCCGAACCCCCAUUCUAGCCGCCUCAUAUCGUGGAUCCUGUCCCUUAUAGGGCUGUACCCCCAUCGUUACCCAGAGGGCGCUAUUAAAAACAGCAAUUCUUAUUAUUUUGUGCAUAUGUGGGCAUAUUGCAUACCGUAACUGAAAGCAAUUGUGUAUUUUCUUCUCUCUUCUCUGGUUUUGUUGUGGUUGUUUUUAAAGGGAUUCUUCUGGAUUGUGUAUUCCCUCAGUCAGAUGAACACCCGGAUAGCGUUGGCGCAAUGACUGGGAGUCUAUGGUAUCUACUAGCAUGCCAGCAGUUACCCAUAGACAUCCACUCAUUGCACUAACACUAGUUAGCAUCUUUCAAACUGCACGCAGAGGCAUAUCUGGUAUCCAUUGGUUUAUUUGACUCUUCAUUGCCAAAAUCCCAAAGUAUCCCUUUAAUAUUGGUCUGUAUAUCACAGGUUGAUUAGUCUGCUGUCGUUGACGACUGGCUUUGUUAAAGCGUUCCUACCCUGGUGCUACAGAGUAACUUUAACCUUCUGUUACAGGGGAGGGCGAGAGAGUAACUUUAACCUCUGUUACAGGGGAGGGCGAGAGAGUAACCUUAACCUCUGUUACAGACAGUAACCUUCUGUUACAGGGGAGGGCGAGAGAGUAACUUUAACCUCUGUUACAGACAGUAACCUUCCGUAACCUUCUGUUAGGGGGAGAGCGAGAGAGUAACCUUAACCUCUGUUACAGGGGGAGAGCGAGAGAGUAACCUUAACCUCUGUUACAGGGGGAGAGCGAGAGAGUAACCUUAACCUCUGUUACACAGAGAAAGGGGAACAUGACAGAUGUACGGACCUGAACCAUGUUAGAUCGAGAGCUCGGGGUAGAGAAAUGUCAGUGAAAGGGAGAGGAGGGAGAAAGAGAUGAAUGUGUUUUCUGUUAGGGAAUCCCCAUAGCUGCAGGCCAGAUGAUGUCAUCACCUUAGCUCUCCUCUGUGGUGGUGUUUCCACAUGAUUAGGGACCAACGACACUCACAUGUUGAUUUUUAACCCCUUCACCAUGAGUAGAACUGAGUUUAAGAUCACAUGUUGAUUUUAACCCCUUCACCAUGAGUAGAACUGAGUUUAAGAUCACAUGUUGAUUUUAACCCCUUCACCAUGAGUAGAACUGAGUUUAAGAUCACAUGUUGAUUUUAACCCCUUCACCAUGAGUAGAACUGAGUUUAAGAUCACAUGUUGAUUUUAACCCCUUCACCAUGAGUAGAACUGAGUUUAAGAUCACAUGUUGAUUUGAACCCCUUCACCAUGAGUAGAACUGAGUUUAAGAUCACAUGUUGAUUUGAACCCCUUCACCAUGAGUAGAACUGAGUUUAAGAUCACAUGUUGAUUUGAACCCCUUCACCAUGAGUAGAACUGAGUUUAAGAUCACAUGUUGAUUUGAACCCCUUCACCAUGAGUAGAACUGAGUUUAAGAUCACAUGUUGAUUUGAACCCCUUCCCCAUGAGUAGAACUGAGUUUAAGAUCACAUGUUGAUUUGAACCCCUUCACCAUGAGUAGAACUGGGUUUAAGAUCACAUGUUGAUUUUAACCCCUUCACCAUGAGUAGAACUGAGUUUAAGAUCACAUGUUGAUUUGAACCCCUUCACCAUGAGUAGAACUGAGUUUAAGAUCACAUGUUGAUUUGAACCCCUUCACCAUGAGUAGAACUGAGUUUAAGAUCACAUGUUGAUUUGAACCCCUUCACCAUGAGUAGAACUGAGUUUAAGAUCACAUGUUGAUUUUAACCCCUUCACCAUGAGUAGAACUGAGUUUAAGAUCACAUGUUGAUUUUAACCCCUUCACCAUGAGUAGAACUGAGUUUAAGAUCACAUGUUGAUUUUAACCCCUUCACCAUGAGUAGAACUGAGUUUAAGAUCACAUGUUGAUUUGAACCCCUUCACCAUGAGUAGAAUUGAGUUUAAGAUCACAUGUUGAUUUUAACCCCUUCACCAUGAGUAGAACUGAGUUUAAGAUCACAUGUUGAUUUUUAACCCCUUCACCAUGAGUAGAACUGAGUUUAAGAUCACAUGUUGAUUUUAACCCCUUCACCAUGAGUAGAACUGAGUUUAAGAUCACAUGUUGAUUUUAACCCCUUCACCAUGAGUAGAACUGAGUUUAAGAUCACAUGUUGAUUUUAACCCCUUCACCAUGAGUAGAACUGAGUUUAAGAUCACAUGUUGAUUUUAACCCCUUCACCAUGAGUAGAACUGAGUUUAAGAUCACAUGUUGAUUUGAACCCCUUCACCAUGAGUAGAACUGAGUUUAAGAUCACAUGUUGAUUUGAACCCCUUCACCAUGAGUAGAACUGAGUUUAAGAUCACAUGUUGAUUUGAACCCCUUCACCAUGAGUAGAACUGAGUUUAAGAUCACAUGUUGAUUUGAACCCCUUCACCAUGAGUAGAACUGAGUUUAAGAUCACAUGUUGAUUUGAACCCCUU